CUGUUACUGUUCUCUGCACAACGGCUCUCCUUCCCCAAUCUACACUCAGUCAGUCUUCUCUUUUUUCUAGAUGGGGAGAUCACCUCCAAACCUAUGGUGCUGUUCCUGGGACCAUGGAGCGUUGGCAAGUCCUCAAUGAUAAACUACCUCCUGGGGCUGCAUGACACUCCUUACCAGCUGUACACAGGGGCUGAGCCCACGACCUCCGAGUUCACGGUGAUCAUGCAUGGUGAGAAGAUCCGCUCCAUCGAGGGCAUCGUCAUGGCGGCCGACAGUUCCCGCUCCUUCUCCCCCCUGGAGAAGUUCGGACAGAACUUCCUGGAGAAGCUGGUUGGCAUCGAGAUGCCACACAAGAUGCUGGAGAGAGUCACCUUCGUGGACACGCCGGGCAUCAUUGAGAACCGCAAGCAGCAAGAGAGAGGCUACCCCUUCAACGAUGUGUGCCAGUGGUUCAUCGACCGUGCUGACCUGAUCUUUGUAGUCUUUGACCCCACCAAGCUUGACGUGGGUCUGGAGCUGGAAACGCUUUUCCGACAGCUCAAGGGGCGCGAGUCGCAGAUCCGAAUCAUCCUAAACAAAGCAGACAGCCUGGUCACUCAGGACCUGAUGAGAGUCUACGGCGCCCUCUUCUGGAGCCUGGCCCCGCUCAUUAACGUGACCGAGCCCCCCCGCGUCUACGUCAGCUCCUUCUGGCCCCUGGACUACGCGGCCGACACCAGCCGGGAACUCUUCAAGAAAGAAGAGAUCUCUCUGCUGGAGGACCUGAACCAGGUUAUCGAGAACCGGCUUGAAAACAAGAUCGCUUUCAUCCGGCAGCACGGCAUCCGAGUGCGCAUUCACGCCCUGCUGGUGGACCGCUACCUCCAGACCUACCGCGACAAGAUGACCUUCUUCAGUGACCCCGAGCUGGUCUUCCAGGAGAUCCUGGACGACCCGGACAAGUUCUACAUCUUCAAGUCCAUCCUGGCCAAGACCAACGUCAGCAAGUUCGACUUGCCCAACCGCGACGCCUACCGCGACUUCUUCGGGAUCAACUCCAUCAGCAACUUCAAGCUGCUGUCCGCGCAGUGCUCCUACAUGGGAGGCUGCCUGCUGGAGAAGAUCGAGAGGGCCAUCACCCACGAGCUCCCAGGCCUCUUGGGGAGUAUCGCUUCAGAUAGGAACCCAUCUCUAUCGUCCUGCGAAGCCACCGGCUGUGGCCAUGGAAAUCUUUAA